AUGACUAAAUGGUUCGAUAUGCGUAAAAGAUUGAAGUUGAAUAAAACAAUCGAUCAAGUUCAAUACGAGCCGUUCAAGAAAGAAAGAGAUUACUGGAAACAAGUCCUUCUGAGAAUUUUUGCACUAGUGAAGUAUCUUGCUAAACAUAAUUUAGCAUUUCGUGGAAGCCAAGAAAAGUUGUAUCAAAAAGGUAAUGGAAAUUUCCUGGGUGGAAUUGUAAUAUUGGAAGAGUUUGAUCCGGUUAUCAAAGAGCAUAUGCGGAAGAUCUUAAGAGAUAAACUUCAUGUGCAUUAUCUUGGACACAACAUCCAAAACGAGAUAGUACUUCUGCUUGGAGAAGAAAUUAAAAAAGAAAUUAUCAAGAAGAUAAAGGAAGCAAAGUAUUACUCACUCAUACUUGACUGCACUCCCGAUUCAAGAUUUUUGAAUGUUAAUGAUACUACUGGAAAAGGACUGUUUGAUAUUACAUUAGAAGAGUUAAAGUCUCUUGGUCUUGAUAUUGAUGAUAUGCGUGGACAAGGUUAUGACAAUGGGGCAAACAUGAAAGGAAAACACCAAGGAGUGCAAAAGAGAUUUUUAGAUAUAAAUCCUAGAGCAUUCUACACUCCUUGUGGUUGUCAUUCUGUUAAUCUUACAUUAUGUGAUAUGGCUAACACCACUCCUAAAGGAAAAAGUUUUUUUGGACAUAUCCAACGUAUUUACACUAUCUUUUCAAAUUCUACUAAGAGGUGGCAAAUUUUGAAAGAUAAUGUCAAAGCUUGGAGUCUUAAGUCAUUGUCACAAACUCGUUGGGAAAGUCGUGUUGAAAGUGUUAAGGCUAUUAGAAUGCAACUUAUUGAUGUACGGGAAGCCUUACUUGAAGUUGGAGAAAAAGGUACUGAUCCUGGAAUUGCAGAUGAAGCAAACUCGUUAGCAGAAAAAGAACUUUGUGACUUUGAGUUUUUGGUAUCAAUAGUCAUAUGGUAUCAAGUAUUAAACCAGGUGAAUGUUAUGAGUAAGAAGUUACAAUUAAUGGAUAUGCAUCUUGAUACUGCAAUUGAAGAAAUAAACAAAUUGAUCGGGUAUUUCAAAGAUUAUAGAGAAACGAGUUUUUUUAAAGCAAUUGAUGAAGCUAAGGAGAUUGCUAUUGAAAUGGGUAUUAAUCCGGUAUUUCAUCAAAAGCGCGCGAUCCAAAGGAAAAGGAAAUUUGAUGAGAGUUCAAGUAGCCAAGAAGUUUUAUUUACAGGAGAAGAGAACUUUAAAGUCAAUUAUUUCUUAUAUAUUGUUGAUAAAGCCAUUGGUUCUCUUGAAACAAGAUUUGAACAAUUCAAGGAAUAUGAGAAAUUAUUUGGCUUUUUAUUUCCACAUAACUUACGGGGAAUCGAUGAUAAAGAUCUUAAGUUGUCAGCUUACGGGCCAGGCCUCUCUUUGACCUGA